AUGGAUAAACUGACCAUCAUCUCAGGAUGUCUCUUUCUGGCCGCCGAUAUCUUCGCCAUCGCCAGCAUCGCCAACCCGGACUGGAUCAAUACCGGGGAGUCCGCAGGAGCACUCACUGUGGGCCUUGUGCGACAGUGUCAAACAAUCCAUGGACGAGACCGGAUGUGCAUCCCUCCCCGGCUCCCCCCAGAGUGGGUCACCACACUGUUUUUUAUCAUCAUGGGAAUCAUUUCAUUGACUGUCACAUGUGGUUUGCUGGUAGCUUCCCACUGGCGAAGAGAAGCUACAAAAUAUGCUCGAUGGAUAGCAUUCACUGGAAUGAUCCUUUUCUGUAUGGCUGCCCUAAUAUUUCCAAUAGGAUUUUACAUCAAUGAAGUCGGAGGUCAACCUUAUAAAUUACCCAACAACACAGUAGUUGGGUCAUCAUAUGUACUUUUUGUCUUAUCAAUUUUCUUUACAAUAGUAGGACUUCUAUUUGCUGGCAAAGUUUGUUUACCAGGCUGAUGAAUGUCUAAAUGCUUGACUCUCUUUUUAUUUGUUAUUUUAUUUUUUUAUUUUUGGAGGGUGGGGUGAAUAAAGGCAAGGUGUCUGAGCAGUCCUCUCAUACGAAGACGCUUAGAUGAAGCUGAUGUUGAAAGAAAAAUGCUUUGAUUUGUUCUCACUAUGCACUUUGGAUUUAAAAAAAAAAAAAAGGAGAGCC